CCCUCGCCCUCGCACACACUCACACACACUCACACACACACCCCGUCCUGUUGAGCUAUGGGCAGGCUAAGCAGUGGGUCACUGUGGUGGGAAAAGCCAAGUGAUUAAACAAUGGUACACAGCGGUGGGGGAACAGCACACAGAGAGACGACAAAGAAAAGAAGGAAACAGUGAACCGGCGGAGUAAAGGCAGGGAUUUAAAACGUACGUGAAGACGGGAGAAGAAGGACAUACUCAGACAGUUAGGACCAGGGAGGGGGGUUCACACGAUUGUUGGAAGGGGACAAAUCAAUUGGAGUCACUGCUUGGCUGAGACUGGACCAAGAGGCCGUCGUCAGGUGUCCACACUGACCCGGAGUUACAGAGGGCCACUAGCUGACGUCGCUAGUGAGGGGUGUGUGUGUGUGCGUGUAUGUGGUUGUGUGUGUCUGCACCAGGCAGGCCGCAGCAUGGCUCUGCCCGUGGACCUGAGCUCCCUGCGGGGCUUCCAGGGGGCAGAGAGGGAGGCAGCCCUGGGUACGCUGGAGAAGCAACUGCUGUGUCCCAUCUGCCUGGAAAUCUUCACCAAGCCCGUGGUCAUCCUGCCCUGUCAACACAACCUCUGCCGGAGGUGUGCUAACGAGCUGUACCAGCCAUCCCUGUACCAGGCUCGGACCACCAUGUCGGUCAACAGCGGUCGCUUCCGCUGUCCCACCUGCAGACAGGAAGUGGUGCUGGACCGCCACGGCGUGUACGGCCUGCAGCGCAACCUGCUGGUGGAGAACAUUAUCGACGUCUACAAACAAGAGCUCACCACCACCACGACCACCACCAGCCCCGCCCCUGCAGCCAGGCCUGUGGGGGGGGGGACAUGUGCAGACCAUGAGGGCGAGAAGCUGAACAUCUACUGCCUUACCUGCCAGAAACCCACAUGCUCUCUCUGCAAGGUGUUUGGAUCUCACCGGCUCUGCAAUGUGGCUCCGCUGACUGACAUCCACCUGCAGAAGAAGGGUGAGUUGGAGCAGGAGCUGUCCUCUCUGAUGGCCAAAAACGACCAGGUCCAGGCCUUUAUCAAUGAACUGGAGCUCACCUGGAGGAACGUAGAGGACAACAGUAAGAGCCAUAAGCAGAGUGUGUCUGAUCAGUUUAACGCCAUUCUCUCUAUCCUGGAGGAAAGAAGAAAGGUAAUGACCCAGCGAAUCAGCUCCGAGGCGGAGGAGAAAACAGGCCACGCCCGGUCGCUUAUUCAACGCUACGGAGACAGCAUUGAAGCAAACAGCCAACUCUUGGAGACCGCCUCAAAGACCAUGGAAGAGCCAGAUCUAGCUGCUUUUGUCCAGACCUCAGGAGAAAUGAUCAAGAAAGUGAGGGCUGCGACCAGUUCCAGCUCCUCAAAGAAGUUUGAACCAGAUGGCAAAAACAUAAAUCAUUACAGGUUUGACUUCAGCAGACAGGAAAAAGCACUACGCAGUGUCGACUUCACCAGAGUUGAAAAGGAAAUUCCUACACUGCUACCACCAGAGCGAGAACAUCUCCCUGUAGACCUAAAACCAGAAGAAACCUUCCCUGAAAAGCCACAACCAGCGAAAGCAAACUAUCUUGAAGAGCGAAAAGAAUCGAAGCUCGAAGCUUCAGCUGAAAUCUUGCAACCCAAAAACCAACGGCAGUUCACCCAGAUACCCAAACAAGAGUCGGUCGUGCAAAACAUUGAUUGUGUUUUCAAUCAAGUGUUGGAGCCAAUUCUGGCAUUUAUCCCACCACUAACACCAACUCAGCCCGUUUUAGCCACAACUGACCCUGUUUCCCUGGUACUGGGUGCUGUGGUGGCUUCCUAUGAACCUACACAGCUGUUACCAGAACAGCGAAUGGACAACCGAGCUCGAAAGGAUCAGACGGUGCUGAGAGAGAGGGGGAAGGAAAGAGCAGAAAAGUCAAGAGAGGAGGAGACACAAGAGGAGAGUAAACAGGUGACAGGCUUCAAAGCUCCAGACUCCAUCAAGGAAAUCCAGUGUGAAGACCAGGAUGGAAUAAACACACAGCAGGCUGUCAUCAUACUCUUUUAUCUGUUGGCCUUCCUGCUCAUCCUGCAAAGAGUAUGCUGCUUCAUGUUUACAUAACCCCACGCCAGGAGACUCAUCCACCGACGGUGUCGCCCAGCCAAGGCGAGGACUGAGGCUGGGACUCCUGCUCAGGCAGUUCCUCCAAUCUCCUACUCUUCCUCUUCCAUGCCGAAUGAGCCUCCUCACAUACUUGCUCUCACCUUCCCCUGACUGAAGCCAGCCACUCUGCAAGAGGAUGUAGGGCUAUGACUGGAGCCGAUCUGUGUUCAAUAAGGCUGUGCAUGGGCAAGGGUACAGUCCGAUGAUAUGAUGAUGAUGUAUCACAACACUGCAUAUGGGGUAUCAUUUAAUUUCCAACAAAUGUAAUACCAUUUAUGCUACUUUAAGCUUUGCUGCCAUGAAUUCGGAAGUCACUUUAAUCUAAACAAUUGUUUAAAGAAGUAGUCAGUAAUUUCACAUUAAAAAAACAUAACCAUAAGAUGGAUAGGGGAAUUUAUUGAUAUUUUGAAAAUAUUUUCGGUUAGCUUCCGAAAUUAAAGCUUCCGCUGUUAAUCAAUUGAGUUUUUUGGGAAACUUAGAACAAUUCAUUAAACAAAUCAUGAAGCUGUGUUCACUUCUAGUCUGAAAUACAAUCAGAUUGGACUUUCUUUUGAAGACACAUAAUAUAUAACUGGCCAGCAUAUGGAUUUUUAUCUCAAAUGUGAUUGCGAUUGUCUGUUUGUUCAAACAAGUGACCACUGACUUGACUGUGAUGUUGGCAUAUACUGUUUAGCAUGUUGAUAUUGUAUCCAAGAUACAUGAAUCACCAAAGUAAAUAAAAUCAAAUAGAAUCCCCCAUAAAAAUCUCACUAUUUCUGCACCUGUCCGGAGCAAAUAUUUUCAUAGUCGUCAUUGCCAACGUCACACCUUCACGGCGGAAAUAGGAAAUCUAAAAUCUGGUUCCAUCAUUAUAAAACGCAUCUUAAUUUAUGCAACUUUGUGUACAGAAUAGAAAAUGCGCGUUCAAGUUCACGCAAUUCAAAUGUACACCGAUGCAAAAUAAAGCGUUCAAACGUUAAAUAAAAAAAACUUUGAAAUUACAUGAUACCCUUCAAGUCAUUUCCACGGCCAUUUCUAAUAUUUCCCACAAACCUAAUACGUUUGUACAUUUACUCUGAAAGUAUCAAACCGGAAACGGUUGUCAUAUUUUGGGCAGCAUCACGCCCUUAUCUCAUAGCUGAGCUGGCUGUUUUUAGUGCACUUGCUCUUCCAACCUCUUGACGUCUUUGCCUUAGUGGUACCGGUGACUUAAAGCGAAUAUUUACAGAUAAGUAGUGGAGAGCCCACUCCUACUCACCAUUCAAUUAAAAGCUAACGUCAAAGUUUAAAACUUUGCCUCUUCGACGCCAUGGAUCCCACCAGCCAAGGUAAAGAAAUAAAUAGCCUUUAAGCUAAUAAUAGCUAGCCAAUCCACAAUGCUAGCUCUGCUUGCUACUUCAACUCACACAAACGUAUCGAAUUGGUUUAAAUAAAAUAGGUUAGGGAUCUACAGAGCUUUGUAAAUGUCAUAAUUAGGAUUUAGGUCGUGCGUUUUUGAAGCUAUAUGAGUAUAUUCGUGUUAAAGACUUCUACAAACAAACUUGAUUUGUCGUGACAUAUCAAGUUCGUCAUUUACUUUACGCAAACUUGGUUUUAAUUUGUGCUGAGGAUCCAUCGCGCGUAACAAGGGCCUGGCGUCACAAAAAGCUCUGCUAGUCAAUGUCAGGACAAGAGUAUCGUGUUUUUGUCAUCAUUCAUUCCCUGUUUAUAGGGCAGGAGUGCAGGGUUACAGAAUCAUGUGUUAAAUCCUCUCAUUGCCUGGGAAAGUCGCAAUGCUGGAAGUGACUUGGUUGGUGUGCUUUUGUUUGUUUCCUGUUGAGAAGGUUCAGUAAACGAAUGGUUGACUUGAUUUAAAGAGUAUGGUAGCAUAUAUGCAACUGACAUGUCCUGAUAAUUGGUUUUGUUGCUGUUGAAAAGAGGAUCAUUGAUGCUGUCAUGUUAAAAAUGAGGCAUUUGUAUGCAACCAUGAUAUCAAUAGAUACAUAGAAGCAACCAAAGUAACAAUACUGGUUGCUAUUUGUGACACACAUUUCCUUUCCAUCAGCAGAACGUACCAAUAUAUAUAUAUAGGGCCUAUCUGCUAUAGGGGCUUGGGGAUCUGAGCUACUUUGCCCUGCCAUGUACAGGAUAACAUUAAAUAAGGCAUUUUCUGUCUGGAUAAAUUCAUAUAUUGAGAAAAUGUAUUUUGAAGUUGCAUAAUGUGGGCUUUGCCUGCAAACUGCAUCCUGAAAUGACAUUAUGGUCCCUCUGUCUAUAUGUUCUAUCUUUAGCCUAACCUGGAUCCCGAGGUAAAGGCAACUAGGGUUAAAAAGGCAGAAACCUGAAGUGUAGAUUGCCCUUGUAUCAUUCAACCCGAGACAUUAUAAGAGAUACCACUGCUAUGUCGAUGAGCAAAUGUCUUGAUGCCAUCUGUGUAUACCUAGGAGGUGGGGUUGCCAGCCAACAACUCCUUAAGGGAUAUAAUCUCUCUGUUGACCACACCUCCAAUUUAACACUGCCUUCUUGAGUUUAUGCAAAAUAAAUUAUGGAAUAUCAACCAAUUAAUUAAUGAUUGUCAUUACUUGAUUUUACAUGCCUAACACUUGUUUGAUGUACAUGUCCUAUGUAGUUGCAUCGUCACUUUUGUAGAAGUCCUUUCACUGCAGCUCUUCUACAAAGACUGUUCAAUUAGUCUUUAUUCUCAUCAGGCGAGAAAUCUGAUAUUAAGAUAGUCUAUUGUUCACAUAAGAAAGCAGUAAUGGUGGCCUAAGAGGAUCUCUCCUUUUACCAAGUCAACUAUUUUCUUCAGUUAACUGAGACCAUGUUUGCACAGGAGCUCUGUCGAAUUCCAGCAUGGAUUCAGUGCUGGACUGCUGCACUUAUAGAUUUGUUUUUGACAUGACAUGGCCUCUUUAGAUUUUUCCUAAUCUAGUCAAAACACAUAAUGCUGUGUUCCAAGAUGGGUUUCCGAUCUAUUCAAUCUAUGCAGAAGCUUGUGUCAACUCAACAGCCUGCAACACUUCAACCUCCAAUAUAAUUUCUCUCUAGCUAAUGCAGUGUUCUCGGGUAACUCUAUACGUCACUGGUGUCAUUUACUACAGGACCUAGAGUUCUGCAACCAACAUCAUUUACAUAUUCAAUAAGGAAAUAACACGUGGGUACCACACGCAUGUCGGGUGAGGCCAUCCCCAGACUGCACUCUGAGAGGGGCUGACUCACAUCGGCAUUGUUUUAGCAGUGGGACACAUCCGGGAUCAAUAGAAAGAAAACGGGCUGCAUCAUUAAUUCUGGGGUUAGGCUUAGGGUGAAAGCUCUAUCAAAUCACAAAAAUCGUUUUGAAAUGGGAAUUGAAACCAUGCUCUUCCGUUUCCUUAAAAAGUAUUGGCAUACAAUAGCCAACGGAAAUAAUGAAAGGCCUAAGUAGCCCAUUAACAAAAAUGGCCAGUUAUGUAAAAUCUCUUCCGCCUUCAAGAGUGUUUCCUGUGUUAAUUGUCUUGGCGAACAUGUAAGAUUGGUGGGUGUAAUAUGAGUGAGGUACUCUGUUCACCACUCACUAAUGGAUACUUUCUCUUACGUUCUCCGGCCCUCAACACUUUGUC